AGCCACGCAAUGAGCGUGCGCCAAACACAGAGCGCAGGCGGGCGACACGCACUAGUAUCACCGAGGCGUUCGGAAUUAAAAAUCAAAUAAAGAAAUACGUUCUACAAAAGAAUAAUAGGCAAAAUACUACUUCUGAUUAAUACGAGGGAUGGAAUUCCCUGUGGAUGUCCUGGCCGCCUUGAGCCAUGAAGAUUUGGUGCAUUCAGCUGAAGAUUAUAUGUCUGACCUCCUCUACAGUAACCCUGACAACGCUGAGCACUUCUCACUUCCAAACUCCCGACGGAUCCCUCUGACCAUUUCGAAUGUAGGCUUUGUCCCUCUCUAUGGAUCUGACCUCAGACACAAAGUGUUAGCUCUUUUCUCUCCAGAAGACCAGUUCACAGCUGUGGCUCUGUAUCUGGGAGAUCAAUGGUGGGCUGUGGAGGAUAUUCUGAAAACUGCAGACCCUUCUCGAAAGGGGCUCCUGAAGGUGCGGAGUCUCGGGGAGAAAAUAGCGCUGUACGUGCUCAACCGCAUAGUGUACAGAUCGAAGGAGAUGAGCCAAAAUGAAGUGCCUUUUCUUUGCCACAGUGCAAGUGAUUAUGCCAAAAUUCUCUGGAAAAAUGGUGAAGCUGUUGGCUUCUACUCGGUCAAACCCACAGGAAGCUUGUGCAAUAGCUUUUUGACUCAGCGUUACCUUCUGCCUGUCAUGGAUUCCAUAUUUGUCCGGAAGAUUCACCGUGGUAAUGGGCAUGGCCUUCAGAUACUGGAGGACUUUGUGGAUUGUUUCAAAGAGGACUCGCUUGGGUUGAAGUAUCCCCUUUCACAGGCCAUGUUAAAAGUGUGUGGACAAUACCUUAACACAUAUCCAGCCGACCGGGAGUUGCUGUGGGAAGUGGAAAGUGUUGGAGGCCCGUUCCAGAGAUGCAGAAUAGCAAGCAAGCUUCAGUCAAUUGCUGUGAGCGGCCUUUGCCUGGAAGAUGCACUUUUGCAUGAGAACGACGUAGCCAUGGAAGAGGAGGUGCAAAAAGAAACCCUAUCAAACUCUGUGGAAGUCACGGAAGUCACGAUGGUCAAUAAGCACCUCAGAGCUGACACUGAAGACAUGCCUGUCUCAACUCGUACCAGAGGCAGUGGUUAUAGACGCAAACGGAUAAGAGAGGAAGUAGAAGUUACUGAAGAAAGUCUGCCUGACAAAAUAACCAGGGUGGAUGAUUCUGCAACAGCAAAGGUGGCAAACUCUGAAGGGGAGACCCCAGCAGAGGAGGGACAACUGGCCCCAGAUGAUGAUGAAGGGGAGGGGGAGGAGCAACCAGAUGAGGAAGUGGAAGAUGGGGACAAGGAGGAACUAAGCCCUGUUAACAAGGAAGUGGAGAAGCCUGUGGGUCAAGAAACACCGGCACAAGAAGAGGAGAAUCUGACCCUGGAGGUGGAGCAGUUGGCCAAGGUGGAGGCGGAGCAAAUAAAUGGCGAAGUGACAGAUGACUUUGGUAAAGAGGAGGGGGAAAUCACUGAGGAACCAGCUGCUGUGGAAGAGAACUGUACCCAAGAGGAAGAGGAGGGCCAGAAGGAUGUGGACAUGGAGGAGGCGAUUGAGGAUAUCGUGGAGGAUAAGGACACCGGAGGGGCAGUUCCUGAAGGACCAGAGGAGCAGACAUCAGCAGUAGAGGAGUCCUUGCAUGCUGAGCAGGCUUCUUCUGCAGAAGAGGCCUUGCCAACAGAAGAGGAGCAGACACCCCCAGCAGAAGAGGCCUUGCCAACAGAGGAGGAGCAGACAUCCCCAGUAGAAGAGGCCUUGCCAACUGAGGAGGAGCAGACAUCCUCAGUAGAAGAGGCCUUGCCAAAAGAGGAGGAGCAGACAUCCCCAGCAGAAGAGGCCUUGCCAACAGAGGAGGAGCAGACAUCCCCAGUAGAAGAGGCCUUGCCAGCAGAGCAGGAGCAGACCUCCCUAGGAGAAGAGGCCUCGCCAGCAGAGCAAGGGGAAAUCUCCCCCAUCGAAGAGGUUGAUGUAGAUGAGCAGGCCUCUACAGCAGACGAAGCCUUGUCAUCAGAAGAACACACGGCUCCAACAAAGGAAGAGACCCCACUAGUGGAACAGGAGGAAGAGGCACAACCAGCAAAGGAAGAGGAUCUUCCAGAAGAAGCCAUGGCAGUGGAGGAACAGUCGCCAGCAGCAGGGGAAGCCUUGGCAGCAGAAAUUGAUUCAUCAGUGAAUGAGGACACAUCAGUAGACCCAGUAGAAGAUACUGUAGAUCACCAGAAGGCUCCAGAACUAGAAAAGCCAGCCCCAGAAGUAGCUGAUGGAGCUGUAGUUGUACUUGAUAAAGUAAUACCCGAUAAUGAGGAGGAAGGGAUGGAAGAAAAGCGGAGUACUGAAGCUGCUCCCUUGGAAAGGGUAAAUUCUCCCAGCGAACCCAGUCCUCCAUUAGACAAGGACACAAUGAACCUCAGUCAAGAUGCUGUUCUGCUUGUUGGUCUGAAGGAGGUAACAUAUUGCCUAAAUGGAGACAAUGAAAAUGAUCGGACUGCACAGGAAGUAGAGAAGAUGGAGGAGGAGGUACCAAAAGGAGAUGUAGCAGAAAAAGGGAAGGACACUGAGGAGGAAAAGACUGAGGAAGAGAAAGCCAGAACUACUGAGGAGGAGGAGGUGGAGGUGGAUGAUGGUGAAACUCUAGAACUGAGCUCGGACGACGACAGUGAGCCUCCAGUUGUGGACGUGACAGGUCUCAGGAGGAAGAACAAAGAAAUCCAAGCACCCCCCAAACGCAAGUCCACACGGCUCAACAAGAGACCGCUGGAGGAUGACCAGACAGCGGUGUCGGAGCUAGAAGAUGAAAGCAUGGAGAAAGAGGAGGAAAACGCCACAUCAACAGAGGAAGAAGCAGUAGAGAAGAGUUCCGAUGAGGCAGAUGAGCCUCCAGUUGUGGACAGGAGAGUUCUGAGACGGAAGACCAAAGUAAUUCAGUCACCAUCUAAACCCAGAGGGAAACGGCGCAGUAAGACCUAAACAAGUCAUAGUAUGCAGGCUGGAAGAGGGAUGACUUUUUAAAUUUGGGAUGGGGGUGGGUCUCAUUGUGGGUGUAGGGUUGUGAUUUUAUUGUAUGCUGUAAGCUUACCAAAAAGCAUUUUUUUUUUUUUUUAAAGCUAAUUUUGGGGAAAAAGGAGAGGUUUUAGACUUUUUUUUACACAUUUAAAUACUGCUUAGCAUUGCUGUUGGCUGAUUUUUUCCAUUUUCAGGUGUGCUGAAACAUUUUCACAGGUCUCCUCCUGUUAUGUUCUCUAUAUAUACACAUUGUGGUAGAUUGACAUUUCUGUAAGUUAUUGUAGGCUUUUCUUUCUGGUUAGAAUUUUUAACUUGACUCACAAAAAUACAGUGUAUUGAAUAUUUAAA